AUGCAUUGGUCAACUGUCGUGGUGGCAGCCUUGGCAGGCAUUGCUACUGCGCACGGCGGUGACGACCACCUGCAUGGGCUGCCAAAGAUCGUCGGUGGGAGGAAGAUCCUCUCGGAGCUGCGGGCGCGACGCUUCGAGCCCGGACGCGCUCCGCCGCCAAACGUUGCGAGGGCCGAGCGAAACCAGGCUUCCGAGGGGCCAAGCCUCCCGCCGCUCGGCAGGAGACAGAAUGGAGGCACGUCGGGGCGCUGCGGUCCGGGGCGUGGGAGCUGCGCCGGGGGCUACUGUUGCUCGGCCGAAGGGUGGUGCGGCUUGACAGAGGAGUACUGCAGCUCUCCGGACUGCCAGAUCAACUACGGCUCCGGCUGCGACGGGAACCAGCGGCCCUCGGGCGUCGACACCUCGACGGUGGCGCGGCCGCACCUGGGCGACGUGCUGUACGGCGGGCUCGGCAUCUACGACUGCGACAAGGCGGGGGACAUCGCGCUCACGUUUGACGACGGCCCGUAUGACUAUACGGGAGAUCUCCUGGACAAGUUUGCGGACUACGGUGCGAAAGCGACUUUCUUCAUCACUGGAAACAACCUGGGCAAGGGAAUGAUCAACGAUGCAUCCAAGCCGUGGGCCGGGUUUAUCAAGCGCAUGAUAGCAGAGGGCCACCAGGUCGCCAGCCACACCUGGUCCCACGAGAACUCGAGCGCCGUGUCGCAGCAGCAGUGGCGGGACCAGAUGAUCUACAACGAGAUCGCCUUCAACGACAUCCUCGGCUUCUUCCCGACCUACAUGCGGCCGCCGUACUCCAUCUGCGAGAAGACCUGCCAGACGAUCCUCUCGGCGCUGGGCUACCACGUCGUCUACUUCGACCUCGACACCGAGGGCUACCUGCACGACGACCCGUCCGCGAUCCAGGACAGCAAGGACAUCUGGGACGACGCCGUCGGGCCCUCGCGCCCGGCCCGCGACAGCUUCCUCCAGAUCGAGCACGACAUCCACUGGCAGUCCGUGUACAACCUGACCGACUACUUCCUCACCUCGCUCUUCGCCAAGGGGUACCGCUCCGUGACCCGGGUCGCUGCCGGGCCAGGACCCCCCGCCCCCGUCUCGCCCGCCGCCGCCGCCGACGUCCACCAGGACGUCGGUCAGGACGACGCCGACGCCGAGGACGAGAACGACGACGAGGACAACGAGGAAGAGCACGACCACGACCAGGACCAGGACGACAGCCAAGACGAGCACCAUCAUCGGGCGGCCGACGAGCACCGACCCGCCGCCGGAGCCCUCGCGGUCGACGACGAUCCGGCCCCCCUCCGACGGCGGGCCGGCAACGACUUCCGCCACCGCCACCACCACCGCCACGACGACCAGGUCGCGCGUCCCGGACUCGCCCAUCAGCAGGCCGCCGGUCAGCACCACGCCGACCCGCGUCCCGGACCGGCCUAUCACGCGGUCGACGAGGCCCCCCGGGGUCACCAUCUCGAUACCGCCGCUCGUCACGAUCCAGCUGCCGCCUCCGCCGGGGCCGCCCGAGGGCCCGCCCGAGGAUGCGCCCGAGGAGCCGGAUGCGGGGACGGAGUGAUUGGGGGGCCGGCCGCCAUGGAGAGACGUAUGGGUAGAGUAUUUUGA